GACAUGCUUAUGAUUGGUCGAACAGGUGAUGGGAAAAGUGCCACGGGUAACACGAUACUUGGAAGGAAUACAUUUGAGGCUUCAGUCAAUACUUCUUCUAAGACUUUUAAAGCACAAUCUGACUACUCUGAAUUUCAGGGCCGCAUUCUUAAGGUGGUGGACUGUCCAGGCCUCGGUGACACGAAGUUAGGCCCAGAAGAUGACGUCAAACAAUUGGUGACGGCUAUCAAUACGGCCAUAGCCGAGAACCCAAAAGGUUAUCAUGCCAUCCUUUACGUGGUCCGGGUUGGGAGACGAUUCUGCAAAGAAGACAGCCAGACAAUGCAGAUUCUAAAAACGGUUUUAGGGGAGGAUUUUAUAAAAAAACACACAAUUCUUCUGUUUUCAGGCGGGGAUGAUUUUGAGACAAAUCCAGAGAUUAAGCAAAAAAGCCUUUCUUUUGAUGAUUGGAUCAAGAUUCAAGAUAAUCAACAUUUCAAAGAGCUUGUUGGUGAAUGUCAGAGACGGGUCAUACUUUUUGACAAUAGAACAAGUGAUUUAAAGAAACAGGCAGCUCAGAAAGAGAAACUGGUUGGAAUGAUUAACAGCCUGGCAACUAAAGGGAAGCGGUACACAAAUGAAAACUUUGAAAAAGCCGAAAAGAAGCGCCAAGAUUUGCUAGCAAAGUUAGGGAAGGAGCAGGAGAAGCAGAAUGUCAUCGACAAGAUUGGAAUUUUAACUGCCCAGGUCAAGAAUGUUACUUUAAAUAAUACAGGAGCUGAAGCAUUACAAGAAAUAUCCACAGAGAUUGAAGCUUUGCUGAAGGCUUCAACUGAGGGCGCAAAGAAAAACUCAAAACUGAAAGAUACUUUCAAAUUAUUCAAGGCCAUCCAGCAGGCGGUGGACGCCAAGAAAAUAGAGAUAGAGAAAAAUCGAAAUAUUCAAGAUAAGAGAGAGCAAUGGGAGGAAGAUAAAUUGAAGCUUGAGCACCUUAGAACAAAGGAACAGUUGGGGAAAACAUCGGGGGAACUUGAUGAAGUUAAAAGACGAAUUCAAGAGCAA